GUAAUUUAGGUGUCAGGGUUUUCUUCUUUGCCAUUUCUCUCUGCUUUCUUUACAGACACUGGUAAGAUGGCCUCGGCACAUGACAGAGCUGUACUCCAGGCUAUAUUUGACCCCACCACCCCCUUUGGAGACGUCCCUGGCCUAAACCAAGAGGAAGAAUUAAUUGAUGAUGACAGUGGCUUUGACACAGAGUUGCUGAAGCAAGUGAAAGAGUUGGAGAUGCAGGGUGUCUCAGCAGCAGAGGCUGGGGAUUUGCAAACUGCACUUCAACUGUUCGGCCAGGCAAUCCAGAUUCUGCCUCAGCGAGCCUCAGCCUAUAAUAACCGGGCACAGGCCCUGCGGCUGCAGGGGAACACAGCAGGAGCCCUGAAGGAUCUGGACCAAGCCAUCUCUCUGAGCGGCAGCACUGGACGAACCGCCUGCCAGGCGCUCGUGCAAAGAGGCCUUUUACACAGAUUAGCAUGCCAGGACAGUGAAGCCAGAGAAGAUUUUGAGAAAGCAGCUGUGCUUGGAAGUGAAUUUGCUCGACAACAGGCUGUAGUACUUAAUCCUUAUGCUGCCCUGUGCAACAAAAUGCUGUCAAAGGUGAUCAACCAACUACGCAAUCCUGAAGUAUCUGAGACGCAGUUAUCACUGUAGAAAAUGUUACUUGUCCACCUUUUCUGUUGUAUGAUCUGUUUAUUAAAUAAUAAUGAAAA